AUGGAUGAAAACGUCUUUUAUUUGGGUGGAAACGAUGACACUGAAAAAUAUGAAAAUGAGUCAGUAGCUUACUACAGUUCAAUUCAUUCAAACUCUUUAAACUCUCUCUAUAAACAAGCAAAUGCCUUCAAUCACUCCUGUGCUUUAAUUAAUGAUAUUAAUGACAAAGAUAAUUUGCACUUUAUAAUAUCUUGCAGAACUAAAGCUCUAAUAUACGUCUACAAUGAAAAUAAACACUUGCCCAUUCAAAGGAUCCCAAUCCCUGAAAUCUUAACUUCUCUAAUAUUAGCUUAUAAUAGCCAAUUCUUAAUCGGUGGAAGCAAAACUGGUAAAAUUUAUAUAUGGGAAUUGAAAUCUGGUAAUUUGAUCUUUAACCAAAAUUCCCAUUAUCAACAAAUAUCAAUACUAAAACUAUCAGCCAAUAACAAUUACUUAAUCUCAGGUUCAAACGAUUCAAAAAUUAAUAUCUAUAAAUUUUUUGAUUUAGUCUCAGUUUAUAAAAAUAAUAUUAAACAAAAUAUAAAACCAAUUUUUAUUAUAAACGAUCAUACUUUACCAGUAACAGACUUAUUUAUCACUAAAAAUUCAAUUAAUAAUGACAUAAAACUCUUCACAACCUCACUAGAUUCAACUUGCAGAAUUUAUAAUCUAAUCGAUACAAACAAUUUAAAUAAUAACCAAAAUGAAUCAAUUAAAUUAAAGUCGCAGACAACUUUUGUUUUACCCAAUCCAAUUCAUUCAAUUAUUGUUGAUCCUUUAAUUUCAACUAUUUAUUUGGGGCUAAAUAAUGGGCUAAUUAGACAAAUAAAUCUAUUUAAAAUCAAUAAAUUUAAAAAUAAUUUAUUGGAAUCUCUAAUUAAUACUAAUGGCGAAAUUAUCAAUAUACCAAUUAAUGAUCAACAAAUUACUAACAAUAAAAUUGACCAAGAAAGUAACAAUCAAGAACAACAGGAAAUAGACAAUGAUUUAUUCAAAUGCCAUCAGAUAACUACAUUAGAUGAUGGAAAGGACGAAGAUGCCAACACUUCUGAUGAAAUUAAAAUAACUAAUAUGGAUUUAUCAUUGGAUUCAACUAUUCUUAUAUCUGGUGACUCUACAGGAAAGGUCUUUGCUUCUGAUAUCGUCACCAAAAAUAUCAUUAAAACAUUUAAAGAAGUCAAAGGAUCUGUUUCAUUUUUGAAAGUCAUUCAAAUAUCAAAACAGUCAUUUCUAAACGAUAAUAACUUUUUUAAUUCCAAUAAAAAUAAUAACUCUAAUAAAAAUAAAAGUAAAUUGAAUAAUAAUCAAUUUAUUCCCCAGCUAAAGAGAUAUCUAAUUGAUAAUGAUUCUAGAAACCAUAUUCUUACAACAAGUAUUACCAAUAACUCUAAUAACCAUACUACCAAAUUUUUAAAUGGUUUAAAUAAUUUUAAUUCCUACUUAAAUAGAACCACAAGCGAGGAAUUUCAAUUCAAAAAUUACUAUACCCCCCAAAACCGUAAAAGCACAUCAAACCAAUCUUUGCCAAACAUAAAAAGCGUUACUUUAAACGAUGAUGAAAAAGAUGCUAAGAUAAAAGAGCUAGAAAGCAAAUUAAAAACAAUAAAGGAUGCUUAUGGGGAAUUGAGAAAUAUCCACGAAGAACUAUAUAAACAACACUUUAAAUUGAUCAAAAACAAACACUAG